UGGAUAUUUAUCUUAUAUUACUUGGAUUUAUUUUAGCUACGAAAGUUUUAUUAUUCAUUUGGUUUCCAAAGUCAUACCUUUCAACAGUCAUUUUUGUUGAGAACAAGGCAGCUGACCAGUCAUUGGCGGUAAAAUGCUUAUGAUUGUUGUUCGAAGAUAUUCAACAUAAUGGCUGCUGAACCUGAUAUGCCCACUUUCAAGCUAGUCUUGGUUGGCGACGGUGGCACCGGAAAAACUACCUUCGUCAAACGUCACUUGACUGGUGAAUUCGAAAAGAAGUAUGUAGCCACACUAGGUGUUGAAGUUCACCCCUUGGUCUUCCAUACCAAUCGUGGAGCCAUCAGGUUCAAUGUGUGGGACACAGCUGGCCAAGAAAAAUUUGGUGGGCUAAGAGAUGGAUAUUACAUUCAGGGCCAAUGUGCUAUCAUUAUGUUUGAUGUCACUUCCCGUGUCACAUACAAAAAUGUCCCCAACUGGCACAGGGAUUUGGUUCGUGUUUGUGAAAAUAUCCCAAUUGUUCUGUGUGGCAACAAAGUUGACAUCAAAGACAGAAAAGUCAAGGCAAAGUCCAUUGUGUUUCACAGGAAAAAGAAUCUCCAGUACUAUGACAUCAGUGCAAAAUCAAACUACAACUUUGAAAAGCCUUUUCUUUGGCUUGCACGUAAGUUGAUUGGUGAUCCAAACUUGGAAUUUGUUGCCAUGCCUGCUCUUCAACCUCCUGAGGUGCAGAUGGAUCCCAACUGGCAGAAACAAAUUGAAGGUGAAUUGGAAGAAGCUCAACAUAUUGCCCUACCAGAGGAUGAUGAAGAUUUGUAGCCCAAUCAAUACAUUAGAAAUUAGCCAACUACACCUUCCUACACAUUUUUCCAUCUGUGUUUUCUGCCCUCUACCUUAACCAAUUUUUAUUUGCGAGGUUUGAAAAUACAUUGUGCGUCAUAAUACAAA